AUGUGGCUAUUGACACUUGUAGCUUGGUUCGUGAUAUGGGCUGGUGGGACGUACUGGUAUCUUUUCGGCAAUCCAAGCCCUUUUUCUCUGGAUUCAGUGAGGCCUCCGGAACCCCGGGAGUUUGACCAAAGGAAGAGGGACAAAGUGAACAAACAAGGUACGGUAAAGCUCUGAGUUUGCAGAAUUGGGCAUGUGUGACUGUGUCUGCUCUGUGUCCCACAAUGUAUGUAUAACAUUUCCAUGUUAAAUCACAAUAUUGAUAUGGAAUGUGUUACUGUUCAAAGCUGGGGGGGGGGGGAUAAACAGUCUGCUGAGUAUUGCCUUCGACCAGAUCACCAAAGGGCCAGCUGGAGUUUGUGAAGCUGGACCAGCACUUUGACACCACCCAGAUUGGUGAGGAGAAACAUGAGUACAGCAUCUGCAAGACAGAGAUGGAGGCUCACCUGAAGAAGCAGUUCCCAGAUGACGUUGCUACCAUCAAAACUUUUUUUAAUAUCAUGAAGGCACUUUAUUUAUUUCUGCAGGGGGCUUUGUUGGUCAUGAGAUCACUAAUGUGAUCAAAUGAGGAUCAACAGUAUUGUAGUCACCUCAAGCCAUCACCUAGCAACCUCAUCAAGACAUUUGGAUCUCUUGGGGUAACAGCUGAGGUGUUUGGUUGACAGUCCCAAGGUCAAAGGUUCAAGCCCUGGUUGGGAUUACCCUCUGACUUCGCUACAGUAUAUUAACUGAUGCUUUUUCCUCAAAUGUCCUUCUGUAUCAUGAAGACCCAUUACCUGGCCUCUCUGAAGCUGGUCCCCCACUACCUGGCCUCUCUGAAGCUGAUCCCCCAUUGACUGGCUCUGUUCCUGCUGAAGUCUGGCAUCGCCAACUUUCUGGUACUGGAGCUACAGACCUGGUCAGCACUUUGACCACCAACACCUUGACCACCUUCACAUCAUCUUCAGCUACCUCUUCUACGGUAGGUAGACUUAACAUUCUAGAUUAUAUUUAAGUGAUAAUGCCAGAGAAGCUGGUGUUUGGAGGAUAUAUUGGCAUGGGUGGGGCAAACCAUGCCAAUAUAUCCUCCAAACAACGACUCUGAGGUCAUUAUCACUUUUAUCACAGUAACGGGUUACCGACAUAUUAAAAUAAUGAUUUACAUAUUUUAAUUGAAAACGUUAUUUUGAUGAAUUUAUUCAUACUAUUUCAUCCUUCCACAAGAUAUACAGUGCAUUCCGUAAAUAUUCAGACCCCUUGAAUUUUUCCACAUUUUGUUACGUUACAGCCUUAUUCUAAAAUUGAUUACAUUAUUAUCUUUUUCACAUCAAUCUACACACAGCACCCCCUAAUGACAAAGCAAAAACCGUUUUUUAGACAUUUUUGCAAAUGUAUUAAAACAAAAAAACAGAAAUACCUUAUUUAAGUAUUCAGACCCUUUGCUAUUAGACUCGAAAUUGAGCUCAGGUGCAUCCUGUUUCCAAUGAUCAUCCUUGAGAUGUUUCUACAAUUUUGAUUGGAGUCCACCUGUGGUAAAUUCAAUUGAUCGGAUAUGAUUUGGAAAGGCACACAGCUGUCUAUAUAAGGUCCCACAGUUGACAGUGCAUGUCAGAGGUCGAAGGAAUUGUCCGUAGAGCUCCGAGACAGGAUUGUGUCGAGGCAGAGAUCUGGGAAAGUGUACCAAAAGAUUUCUGCAGCAUUGAAGGUCCCAAGAACACAGUGGCCUCCAUCAUUCUUAAAUGGAAGAAGAUUGGAACCACCAAGACUCUUCCUAGAGCUGGCCGCCCGGCCAAACUGAGCAAUCGGGGGAGAAGGGCCUUGGUCAGGGAGGUGACCAAGAACCCGAUGGUCACUCUGACAGAGCUCCAGAGUUCCUCUGUGGAGAUAGGAGAACCUUCCAGAAGGACAACCAUCUCUGCAGCACUCCACCAAUCAGGCCUUUAUGGUAGAGUGGCCAGACGGAAGCCACUCCUCAUUAAAAGGCACAUGACAGCCCGCUUGGAGUUUGCCAAAAGGCACCUAAAGACUCUCAGACCAUGAGAAACAAGAUUCUCUGGUCUGAUGAAACCAAGAUUGAACUCUUUGGCCUCAAUGCCAAGUGUCACGUCUGGAGGAAACCUGGCGCCAUCCAUACAGUGAAGCAUGGUUGUGGCAGCAUCAUGCUGUGGGGAUGUUUUUCAGCUGCAGGGACUGGGAGACUAGUCAGGAUCUAGGGAAAGAUGAACGGAGCAAAGUACAGAGAGAUCCUUGAUGAAAACCUGCUCCAGAGCUCUCAGGACCUCAGACUGGGGCGAAGGUUCACCUUCCAACAGGACAAUGGGCCUAAUUCACCAAUCGUUCUUACGAAGUAAUGUGUUCUUAAACCCCACUUAUGCACCUUUUACGAAGAUUCUGACAUUCACUGUUUUCUCAUCUUGGAUUUGUUCUUAGCUAAGAACAAAAUCCACGCUCACUCAAGAGCAUUCUCACGCACAUUUGAGUGAUGACAGUUUGCUCCAAAUAAUUGGUUACUGCAUUUCAUUUAAUUCUACAGUCGUUUACAAUUAUAGUAUUUUACUGUAAUGUAUUUCUGAUCAUUUGUUGAAAAAAAAAUCAUAGUAUGCAAAGAAACACUAACACUGCAAUUUACAUCAGCAAUUAAGAUGAUUAAAUCCUGCAUUAUGUAGUGAUUGAUCGCGCUAUUUAUAGGGCCAAAAUGGGCCUGUUUCUGCACAUCAGGCAUGCUAUCAAAAUGGCAUUUCUGCUUGACGACAUUGCCGAGCGUGCUCUGAGAAGGGAACACAUCUUUGAGGAUCACGUUGAUUUAUUUGCAGAGACUGACGAGUACUUGAUCGGACGGUUUAGGCUUCCAAGACACGUUUGAAUGGAGCUCUGUGAUACUUUGGAGCCAGCGCUGCGAAGCCAUACCCAACGGUCCACUCCAGUACCACCUCAUGUGCAGGUACUCUCCACCUUGGGAUUUUUAGCCACUGGGACAUUUCAGCGGGAGUUAGCAGACGGGGGUGGGCAUAUCACAGCCAUCCAUCAGCCGCGCUCUCCCACGAGUUGUGGAUGGAAUAAAUCAACUGGCCACACAAUAUAUUUUCUUCCCCUACACAGCGCAACAACAGCUGCCGGUCAAGAGAGGGUUCUACUCAAUUGCGGGUCUGCACAACGUAAUCGGGGCAAUAGACUGCACUCACGUGCGCAUUAAGGCACCCUCACCAGACCCAUUCCCAUACCUCAACCGCAAGCAAUAUCACUCAAUCAAUGUACAAGUCAUCUGCGACUCCGACAACAAUCUCUUGAACGUGGUCUCCCGCUUCCCAGGAGGUGCACAUGACUCUUAUAUUUUGCAGUACAGUUCUGUGGGAAUGCGCCUGGAACAAGGAGCUACUGGAGACGCAUGGCUCAUUGGUAAGCAUCGUUCAGUAAUUUCAAUUUCCAAUUGUUGGUUUCAAAAAGUGGGUUUCUUCAUUAAUGACUUGUUUCAUUAGGAGAUCGGGAGUAUGCCCUUGAGCACUAGCUAAUGACGUCACUCACAAACCCUCAGACGCACCAAGAGGCCUCUUAUAACCAGAGACAAGCACACACCCGCUCCACCAUUGAGCGAACCAUUGGUAUUCUGAAGGGACGCUGGAUGUGUUUGGACACAGCAGGUGGUAAGCUGCUUUACAAGCCAGAGAAGGUGAGUAGGACUACUUGUUUUAUUCAGGUUUGAAAAAUGGAGAACAUGUUGUAGAAUAAUCUAAUACCAACAAUUCAUUUUAUUUAGUUUUUCUAGCUUUUGAUCAUCUUUACACAGUUUUUAGGUUUGCAGAAUAAUCAUGGCCUGUUGUGUGUUACACAACAUUGCUAUAAAGCGUGGUGUCGUUCUCCGCUAACAUCAAGGCGGUGACCCGAUCCUGUAAGUUCAUGCUCUACAACAUUCGGAGAGUACGACCCUGCCUUACACAGGAAGCGGCACAGGUCCUAAUCCAGGCACUUGUCAUCUCCUGUCUGGAUUACUGCAACUCGCUGUUGGCUGGGCUCCCUGCCUGUGCCAUGAAACCCCUACAACUCAUCCAGAACGCCGCAGCCCGUCUGGUGUUCAACCUUCCCAAGUUCUCUCACGUCACCCCGCUCCUCCGCACACUCCACUGGCUUCCAGCUCUGAUCAGUCCCUACACCCAAACGAGGGCAUUGCGUUCAUCCACCUCUGGCCUGCUGGCCCCCCUACUUCUGCGGAAGCACAGUUCCCGCUCAGCCCAGUCAAAACUGUUCGCUGCUCUGGCACCCCAAUGGUGAAACAAGCUCCCUCACGACGCCAGGACAGCGGAGUCACUCACCACCUUCCGGAGACACUUGAAACCCCACCUCUUUAAGGAAUACCUGGGAUAGGAUAAAGUCAUCCUUCUACCCCCCCCUUACCCCACCCAAAAAAUAAAUAAAUGGUAAAGUGGUUGUCCCACUGGCUAUCAUAAGGUGAAUGCACCAAUUUGUAAGUCGCUCUGGAUAAGAGCAUCUGCUAAAUGACGAAAAUGUAAAUGUAAAUGUGUUCCACUUCCACUUCAGCCACCACACCAGGAUGUGCGUCCUGACCCAUUGCUGGGACCAGACAACCGACUUGGCGUGGAAGUCAGACAACAAAUAAUUUCUCGUUUUUGAUUUGUUUUGUCCUUUAAAUACCACAAAUUAAACACAUGAAAUGACACAGGUUUCAGUGCGCGUUCUUUAUAUUUUUAAAUGUGUGUUUAUGUUUUUGAGUGUUUCUGAUAUUGUGGCCAGAGUUGAAGCGAUUUCACAGAGAAUGGUUAUCCAAGACCGCAUCGGAGAUGACACGUGCAGUUGGACGGGACCUGGGGGCACAUACAGAGGCAGGCCUACUGCAGGAAGGCCGAAUGGUGUCAGGUUCCUCUUCACAGAGGGGUUGCCUGGAUUGGAGAUCUGUAAAUAACAAAAACGAUACUGAAAGUGAAACAGUCACAGUGCACAGAUUUUUUUGUUGUUGUUGAUGUUUCAGUUUGUUAAUUAUAGGCCUACUGCAAAAGCAAUAUGAUUUCAAACUGAAUAAACUAGGAAUUCAGGUGAUGACUCAUUCACAGUCUCAUAGGCCCACAUUUGGUUUCACAAACUGGUGUAAAAUUCCUUUCCAAUGGAUUCACCGUUGAUUUCAGUUAAAUUAUGGGAUGAAAUUGUAUACAUUCAGAAAGACUUGCUUACCGUCUGAUUCACUGGUGGGAGAUGGCCUUGGAGGAUAUGAAGCUGUUGAUAUAGGGCCCUGGUCAGUGUCCAGUUGCUCAGCUGAUGGCACAUCUGAGAGUGCCGUCUCACCAAUAAUGGCCCCGAUGCGUUGGUCAAUCUCAGAUAACUCAGGGCCUGCAUGCCCCCCUCCAGUGGUCAGCAUAUGUCUCUUAUGUUUGCCAAUGGAUUUUUUGGUCUCUGAUUUUAAGUCAAUCUUCAAUUGGGCGACGUUGUCCAGAAACAGAGUUCACGGAAUCUGUGAUAUCCUUCCAUGCCUCCGUUUUGUUGGUGGCUUUAAAACCACUGGAAACACUACUAAAUAUUAUGCCUCGUUUGGCAUUUACCUGUUGCAGUAGCAUUUCUAUUUCAGAAUUACUGAAGUUCCUUUUUCGUUUGGUGAUCGGUGGACCACCACCGUCUGUGCGUCUUUUGGACAUUCUCCAACUUUUCUUGCACACGGCCCUGAAGUGUCAUGUCCUUAUAUGGGAAUUUGCGGGGCGUUUUCUUAUGCUAAUUAGGAACAACUGGCACACGCUUUCAAUUACGAAGACGUGGGAUUCAUCAAUCCUAAGAACACAGGUGCGAACAAUUCUGUUGUUUAAGAACAUGUCAUGAAUCCGAUGUAGACUUUUCUUAGGGAGUUUAUUAAGAACAAAGUUUAGAAAAUUCUUAGGUAGAUAUUGGUGAAUGAGGCCCAUUGACCCUAAGCACACAGCCAAGACAACGCAGGAGUGGCUUUGGGACAAGUGAAUGUCCUUGAGUGGCCCAGCCAGAGCCCGGACUUGAACCCGAUCGAACAUCUCUGGAGAGACCUGAAAAUAGCUGUGCAGCGAUGCUCCCCAUCCAACCUGACAGAGCUUGAGAGGAUCUGCACAGAAGAAUGGGAGAAACUCCCCAAAUACAGGUGUGCCAAGUUUGUAGCGUCAUACCCAAGAAGACUCAAGGCUGUAAUCACUGCCAAAGGUGCUUCAACAAAGUCCUGAGUAAAGGGUCUGAAUAGUUAUGUAAAUGUGAUAUUUCAGAUUUCAGAUUUUGUAUAAAUUUCUGAAAACCUGUUUUUGCAUUGUCAUAAUGUGUGUAGCUUGAUGAGUAUAAAAAAAAUCCAUUUUAGAAUAAGGCUGUAACGUAACAAAAUGUGAAAAAAGUCAAGGGGUCUGAAUACUUUCCGAAUGCGCUGUAGUCCCGUCACAAAUCUUGGGUUGCUUCCCAAGCCGGAUGGUCGUUCAUUAUAUCGGUUCUGUUGCCAGAGACGCGACCCAGUCGUUCAGUCUUUUUGUUCUGUAUCUAUGGACGCGACCCAGUCGUUCGUUCUAAAUGUUCCAUUGUAAUACUGGCUGGCAAAGUUCUUAUCCCUUUAUCCCUUGCUUGCUAGCUAGCCAACUACGGCUAACAAACAGUCACGUCAAUCAGUGCAGCCAGAAUAACAACAAAGUAGCUGCAUUUGCAUUUGUUUAAGCUGUUUUCUAGUUACAUUUAUUUGGAUACAUCCAUAACAAUGAGCUAAUGAUGCGCAAUUUCACCUGCCGUAGAAAAUGUGCUCUCUCGUCAGGACACUGUUGUACAGAGGAGCUAGCCAACAACACAGCUAACACAAUCACUUCAAACUGAAGCUGGAAAGACUGCAAACUAGCACUUCGUUUCGUUUUACCUGUUUUCUAUUGAUAUUUCUUUGUAUAUAUACAUACAAAUUAUGCUGAUUCAUGAUUUCGACUGGCUGAGAAAAGCUGCCUGCCUGUCUGUCUCGUCCCGACUCCCAACACACUCAUUACUAUGCGACAGCUGGAGAUCAAAUUUGAAUAUUGAAACAAUGUUGUAAAUUUUGGAGAGACAGACAGCAAGGUUUAUACAAAUCUCCCCUGUUGAAAACUAAAUGUUUGUCUAAAAGAAAUGUGAGAUAAUGUCUAGAUGCUUUUUAUAGUGGAGAUAAAGUUCAUAAAGUGCCUGGCUGGGCUGAUGAGACAGUGGAUUGCGCAGUCAGAUGGAACAGAGUAAAUAGGCAUUUUAACGUCAUAGAUUUAGCUGGUUGUUUAGCUUAUUAUUUAUUUUCUGUUUCCCCUCAAGGUGUUCCACCCAAGGACUCCAGUGUUGUGAUCAAUGCUCUUCUGUUGCACCACGACAAGAGAGAUACUACCCUAAAGGAGGAGAUCUCCUACCACAUCAUCCCUGUCAUCCAGAAGUCUGGAGGCAACAUCCUGGUCAGACCACCUAUCACCCAGAUUCUGGUCAACAAGGACGGGGCUGCAUAUGGUGAGAAUCCAGGUAUGGUCCAUAUCCUUUUCACAAUGGACAAACAGAGUCGUAUUGCAUUGAUUCAGUCCCUGAAUGAUAGGCCAGAUGUGAAAACUCUAUAAUAACAGCCCACAGACAAAUGACACACACAGUCAACACAGUCUCCCCUUGUUGUGCUGGGAGAGUAAGUAUUACAUCGCUUAUUUCCUCAUGCAAGAAUUAUGAGGACUUAAAGAAGCUUGUCCUGUGAUGAGAUCAUGUUGAUAUUUCAAAGGCAUACAAUGUAUUUCUGAGUCAGAUCCUGUUUGUUUCCAUUGCCAGGUGUGAAGGUGAGGAAGGGACAGGAGGAGGUGGAGGUACAUGCUCCUGUGAUCAUCUCCAACUGCGGUCUGUUCACCACCUUCCAGAAACUACUGCCCCCUCAGAUCCAGACCAAGCCAGGUGAGUCACACUGACAAACUAACAACAUGUAGGAUCUCAAUCAAUCAACUGACUGAUCGAUCAAUCGAUCUGUGUUGCCUUAUGGUGUUCUGUCUUGCUAUUGUCAAGUCUUGCUAUGGGCAGUUGAGGGAAAAGUACACAAUUAUCAUACUUGAAUAAAAGUAAAGAUACCUUAAUAGAAAAUGACUCAAGUAAAAGUGAAAGUCACCCAGUAAAAUACUACAUGAGUAAAAGUCUAAAAGUAUUUGGUUUUAAAUCUACUUAAGUAUCAAAACUAAAUGUAAUUGCAAAAAUAUACUUAAGUAUCAAAAGUAAAAGUACAUCAAAAGUAAAAGUAUAAAUAAGUUCAAAUUCCUUAUAUUAAGCAAACCAGACAGCACCAUUUUCUUGUUUUUUAAAUUUACAAAUAGCUAGUGGCACACUCCAACACUCAGACAUCAUUUACAAGUGAAGCAUAUGUGUUUAGAAAGUCCACUAGAUCAGAGGCAGUAGGGAUGAACAGGGAUGUUCUCUUGAUAAGUGCGUGAAUUGGACCAUUUUCCUGUCCUGCUAAGCAUUCAAAAUGUAACGAGCACUUUUGGGUGUCAGGGAAAAUGUAGGAAUUCAAAAGUACAUUAUUUUCCUCAGGAAUGUAGUGAAGUAAAAGUAAAAGUUGUCAAAAAUAUAAAUAGUAAAGUACAGAUACCCCAAAAAACUACUUAAGUAGUACUUUAAAGUAUUGUUACUUAAGUACUUUACACCACUGGCUAUUGGUUGAUGGUAAAACACUUUCUUCCUAACAGACAUCCAGAAACGUCUGACAUGAUGAAACACGGCAGAGGAUCAUUAUCUCUGGCUGUCAUGGAACCCAAGAGGAGCUGGGUAUGGUCGCCACCAGCUUCUUCUUCAUAGUAAUAUGGAUGGCUCCUAAGUACAAGGCACCGAGUGCUCUUUCAACAUUGAAAUGAGAUGAUAUCGCUCUCUGUACUCACAAGGUGGCGCUGCUGCAUAAACAAUGAAUACAAGCAGUUACUAUGGCAUCCAUAUAUAGCCUACAGUUAUAUAUGACCGUUUUUUAUGGAGACUAGUUUAUUGAUGCAUCAUCACUCCAGCAUUCUUCAGAUGUUUACAGCCUUGUUGUUUUGUGUAGGAUGGAAGGGUUCUUUGCCAUGAGUAAAGAGGAUGAACCUGAUAACAUCCCCAUGAUGUUCAUCACCUUCCCCUCUGCCAAAGAUCCUAUAGCCAAAAUGAGACACCCAGGUAGGAUACUGUACCACUGA